AUGGCGGGUGCCGUGCCCAGGGCUGCAGCGCCCAUGGCCGACCCUCUCCUUACAGUGACCCCGCAGACGGCCACUGGUGCCAAGUGCCGAGAGGAGCCGCUCCGUGGGCGUGGGCAGAAGGACGGAGCAUUUUCAGACCCACAGCAGUCCUUGCAGGAGGCACUCUCCAUGCUGGGCAGUGAUGACUGGGAACUGAAGAAGAAGGGACUCUUCAACAUCCCACGGCUGGCUGAGUCCCAUCCAGAAGUCCUGCUCAGUCGGCUUCGUGAGAUUUGCUUGGCAGCUACCAGUGAGGUGACCAACCUCCGGUCCAAGGUGUCCUGCUCUGCAAUCAUCACUCUGGGAGAGCUCUUUGCCAUCCUGAAGAAGGACAUGGACUCCGAGGCAGAUGAGGUUGCUGCGGUCCUUCUCCCCAUGGUGUGGAACUCCCCAGAGUUUAUUCAGAAGGCAGCCUGUCAGAGCCUGGGGAUGAUGGUAGAGAACGUGACUCCUGCCCGAGCAAUGACUGUUCUCAUGGACAGGGGAGUCAAGAGCCGCUACGUCCAGGUGCGCAAGUGCGCGGCCCAACUCCUCCUGUCCUUGAUGGAGAAAAUGGGAGUCACCAAGCUCGCAGGCACCCCCAGGGCUGAGAGGCUCCCACAGGUGGCAGGGAGACUGGCUCAGGACUGUCACAAGGACACAAGGCAUUGUGGACAGGAGAUGGUGAAGAUGUUGCUAAAUAACCAAAAAUUUAAAAAGCUUUUGGAGCAAUCUCUUUCCCCGCAUGACUUGGAAGAUAUCCUGACAAGAAUUAAGAAGAAGAUUUUUGAUUAUUUUGUCCUGAGAAUAAACGACACCCAUAAAAAAGUGAAGCAGCAGGCACUGGAGGUGCUGGCAGAAAUGAUUGGACUCCUGGAAGAUGCCCUGACACCGGUGAUGACCCGUUUGAUGGAGGGAAUAACCAAGAACCUGAACUCAAAGGAUCCCGGGGUUCAUGCCGCAGCUGUGAAAGCACUGGACAAAUCCAUUGCUUAUUUAGUGCUUGUGGAAUGGGUUCAUGCCAGGAGCCCUGAAGUGGUGCAGCGCUACGCCCUGCCCGUGCUCUGGUCCUGCCUGGAGAACAAGGCGCUGCCGGUGCGAAGCGCCAACGUCUGCACUGUGGUCACCAAGCUGGCCUGUGCCCUCUGCGAGGUGAUGGGCACCCAGCUGAUCAAGUGUGCUGAGAGCAAGCCUCCACACGUGCAGGAAAACCUCUCCAGCCUUUUGGGCUGGUGA